UUCGUUUUUAGACUGCGUUGUGACUAGUUUUCCUUGAAUCAUAAGAACAUUUCCGUUCUUGUUCGUCAAAUGUGUAAAAAAUUAAUAAGAAUUCAAUUGAGUUCGUGCCAAAUAAACGGAGACGGGAAGAAAAUUUAAAGUUAAUGUUACUAAUCGAAUAUUCUCAAAUCUAAGCCACUGAAUGAGGACGGAAUGUGCAUUACUUUUGUGCAUACAACCAGCCCACAUACCUAUGUGCAUAUGCAUAUAAAACGGUAUUAAAGUAUACAUAUGAAAAAAUAUUAAUGUAUACUUGUAUAAAAGUGUAUACGACAGUACUAAAAAAUGCAUAAGUCUGAAAUAUUGCAAAUAAAUUAGGAAAUAAUAAUUAAAAGAAGAGGCCGGAGUAUCGUAACGUUAAAACAACAACAGAUAUAAAUCUGAGAACCGGUUUCAACGUUACAUAUAAAUAGGUGUAUGUACACGUAAAAAUUCUCCGAUGGCCAGAUUCCGACAGACUGAGCAAUAACAAAGCCAAUAACUAUUGGAGCAGUAUAAAACCAGCGAAAGCAAUAGCAAAAUGAAAACUUCAAAUGACUGAUAUGUAUACCAGGGUGACAAGAGAAUUUGGAUUUUUUUUUCAACUAAUGCACGUUCUAUCUUCAGCCUAAGCAAUAAAAUAAUAACACCUCAGCAUAUACAUAUACUCAAAAAUUAAUAAAAAGAAAUUGUUAAAAAUUACAAAAUACUUGCAUACAUACAUAUAUAAUAAAAUAUUAUAUAUUUGAAGUGUAAAUGUCAGUGCAUUUGCCGCGACGCUCGUAAUAAAAAUAACUCGGCAGAUAUACAAAUUUGUAUAAACAAUGUAGAUAAGUUCGCCUACGUUUUCGGGUGAAUUAAAUCGAGUUAAUUGAAAGCCAUAAGUAUGAUCUGAAUGCGCGAAAUAUAGUACCGAGUGUAAUUUCGUAAGAAAUAUAAAUACAAAUUAUAACAAAAUAUAUAAAUUUCUAAACUUAUGAAUACACGUUUAUAAGGGUGUACAUAUAUUUGUAUUCGUUAAAUGUAACAAAUUUCGAUAGAAAGUGAAGUGAAAAAGUCAAUCGGAAGCUAAGCGAAACAACGAAUUAUAAGUCAAAAUAAGCCAAAAAAUAACACCAAUACAAUAUAUUCUAGAUUUUUUUAUUCAUCGAAAUUUUACGCAAACCGUUGGUGAGCUCAUUGCGAACAAAGUGCUUAUUAGUGUGUGUGAAAUAAAUUUCUCGCUAAAAAUUGUGUCUCUCUUGUAUAAUACACGUUCAUUACUUCCUUUGCCAUUUAAACUUCUGUACGUUUACGAAUUCCUUAUUUCAAUAUGCCCCUUUUGAUGGGUUGCUUCGUCCGCUCUCAGAGCAUGGCGAACUUAAAAUGAAAUACAUAAGUAACACAGGCAACUGAGAGCAUUUUGAAAGUAGAGCUCAAAGGAGAAAAUAUUCACAAAAUAUCUACAUAUAAUAAACACACAUCCUACAAGGAACCGAACAGAAUCAACGAUUUUUUGCUUCCAACGAUCGGCUUUCCACUGAGACCGUAUUGGUUGCAAUUUUACAUGCAGCAGUUCUCUUUCGCAUUAGACAUUAAAAUUGCCCAAGGAUACAAUAACACGAAAGUAGUAAGGAAACUAAAAAAACGCACGAAAAUUAAGCUGCAUUACAUCGUACACUCACACAUAUACAUAUGUAUACAUACAUAUUAUGGACCAUUGGUAUACAAACGUCUAUUUGGAAUAAUGUAGGUGUGUCUGAAAAGAUCCUUGAAACUCCAUUAAACGAGGUGUCUGCUACAACGAAAAAUAUUUUUUAAAAUACUUCCAUAGGUUAAAAUACACAAUACAUAUUUUACUCCAUUAAAAGCACAACUGAUUCACCGUAAAUGUCAUAUCCGUAAUUUGAAAUUUUCUAAACCCAGCAAUUUAAGGAUAACAAUAAAUACUACUUAUCAAAUUUGAUUUAAAAUAUAUUCAAAAUUACCGCCUACCACCCACCCACACCAAAAGUCAAACAAAACCCGGCCAAUAUGGACUCCGGUUCAGGGCCGCGGUUUGACGAUGAACCACCUCCAGAGCCUCGGGAUGGGUGGCUUCUGGUACGGGUUCAUGUACCCGAGCUGAACGUAUUUAAAUGCCUGCAGUUUCCGUCAGAUCGUUUAGUUUGGGAUGUAAAACAACAGGUUUUCUCCUCAUUGCCAAAGGUGGCCUUUUGGUUUAAGGAGCUUAAGGAGAGUUUUAAUUAUGGAUUAUUCAGUCCACCUUCAAAUGGAAAAGCCGGAAAAUUUCUUGAUGAAGAGCGACGUUUAGGUGAUUAUCCGUUUAACGGUCCUGUCGGCUAUUUAGAGCUUAAAUAUAAGAGACGCGUUUACAAAAUGCUAAAUUUAGAUGAAAGACAGUUAAAGGCAUUACACACACGCGCCAACUUGCGUCGAUUUCUUGAGUGCAUCCAUGCUGGACAUGUAGAAAAGAUAGCAAAAAUGUGUUCCAAAGGCUUAGAUCCGAAUUUCCAUUGCCCAGAAACUGGUGAGACCCCACUAACUGUAGCGACUGGAGCUAAGAAACCAAAUAAAUUAUUGAUAGCGUUAGUUAAUGGUGGUGCUUUACUUGACUAUCGCACCAAAGACGGUACUACAGCUCUUCAUAAAGCCGUUGAAAAAGACUCACUUGAAGCUGUAACAACUCUACUAGAAUUAGGCGCAUCACCUAACUAUAAGGAUGGGCGCGGCAUAACACCUCUCUACUUAUCUAUCGCCCGGAAAUGUGAUCCAAAGGUAACAGAGAGCUUAUUGCAUGAUCAUGCCUCAUUAGGUAUACAGGACACUCAGGGUUGGAACGAGGUUCAUCAGGCUUGUCGGCAUGGUCUUGUACACCAUUUGGAACAUUUAUUGUUUUAUGGUGCGGACAUGGAUGGCCGUAACGCUUCCGGUAAUACACCAUUGCAUGUAUGCGCUGUUAACAAUCAAGAGGCUUGUGCAAGAAUGCUUUUGUUUCGUGGUGCACAACGUUCUGCUCUCAAUUAUGCCAAUCAAACUCCCUAUCAGGUUGCUGUAAUUGCCGGAAAUAUGGACCUAGCCGAAAUCAUACAGAAUUUCAAGCCUGAUGAUGUUGUUCCAUUUCGCGGACAACCUCGAUAUAAUCCAAAACGCCGGUCAGCUGUGGGCUGGCCAGGUGGCAGCUGCACCAGUAGUUGCGCUGGCAGCCUGAUGGGCACCUUGCCACGGAAAAGUUCAUGUUGCCAUAAUGGACCGCCAUCGCCUUGUCCAUCCGAGCAUAUUCCUUAUAGCUCGGCUAGUUCAAGCCUCUCCGAAGGAUCGUCAGGGCAUCGCUCACAUGAAGAUGACAUCAGCAUUGUAACAGACAAAUCACUUGGCGACACUAGUGACUUAAUCAGCGACUCAUCUGGUGUUGGUACCAAUUCAGAUUCUGCUGCGUGCUCAAUCGGACAUCCUAGCACCACAGUUGUUUGCAUGGAACCAUACUCUGGUAAUGCACCAGGACAUAUUUCAUUGCAGGCAGGAGAUGUUAUUGAAGUGGUUGGAUCCACUGAUUGUGGUCUCCUGGAAGGGUACAUUCGGGGUUCAAAUCAAUCCGGGUUUUUCCCUGUCGACUGUGUACAGGAAGUGAGCUUACGUCAAAAGAACACAGCGGCAAUACAUCUUACUAGUAGCAAAACCAAUAACACGAACUGCCAAUCACCUUAUCAGUCACAACACACUUCAACUGGAGAUUCAACGAAGAGCACAGUAAACCCGCAAAGGUCACCUCAACUAAGUAUCAGCGGUAAUACAACUACGAAUGCAGCUAAUACCAGUGUUGACACGCUUUCGCUCAUCGCGCCCAACCACACGCAACCCUCACCUUCAAUGUCAUUAAAUAGCAAUGGAUCUGAUUCAGCGAUGAAUGUUAGGUACCACAACACGUUACAUUCAGUUAGUCAAUUCAGUAGCGCUACAGCUCCACGUUUGAAAAAGACAGGCUUUAAUGAACCGCGAACAAUUAUUCUACAUAGAGCAAAACGUGGUUUUGGUUUUAUAUUACGAGGUGCUAAGGCUUCCUCACCACUUAUGCAAUUGAAACCAACUGAACGUUUUCCAGCGCUCCAAUAUUUAGACGAUGUGGAUCCGGGAGGUGUGGCCGACAUGGCUGGCUUACGUCCUGGAGAUUUUCUCCUGGCCAUUGGUAACGAAGAUGUUCGCGCAGCUUCCCAUGAGAAAGUCGUCGAAAUGAUACGUUCCGCUGGUGCGCUUGUCUCCAUGACUGUUAUUUCCCCUCAAUUUCCUCAUCAAAUGCAAGCUGCAGCACAAUUCUUACCUAACAUUUAUCAAUUAUCAAGCGGCCCUAGUACACCACAACCAUCCCAUCGCCAAUGUGCAACAUUACCACGCAAAAUGUCACUAGGUCCGGGUGCUACAACCGGUAAUGUCAGUGGUGGAAGUGGCGGAGUUAGUCGGAUGCCAGCUCCAAUACCGCCACGUCGUGAUCCAAAAACAACACUAAGCGUUGGUCGAGCAAGAGCGAAAUCAAUGGUAGCAGGUCUGGAAAAUGGUGGUGAAAAAGAUGACGGAGAAGUACCACACACUAAAUCUUCGUCCGUUGAAUCAAUAAUCACACCCACACCAACUCAUCCAGGGACUCCAGUGCAGUUACGUACCGCUAGUAUAAAGGCCAGACCAACGUCCAGUCGCAUAACUGCUGCCGAGCUGGAGGAACUUUUCCAACGUCAACAGGGUGAAUCAAUGGAUAAUUCAAAUAGUUACUCUACAAUGAUGACGACAUCUCGAUUUCAGUCUGGUACAGACAGUGGAGCUGCUACACCACCGGCAAAUACCAAUUCGCCGAUGAAGGCUCCUUUGGUCUACGGUAGUGUUGCUGAAAUGAAACGCAAAGCAAAAAUUAAAAAUGGAACCAUGCGGGGCAAACCAUGCUCCAUACCGUCGGUAGGCGGAUCCAUUGGUCAUGACCUAAAACGAUUCCAUUCAACUCCAGAUUUAAAUACACAUUUAAAUGGAUCGGUAUCAUCUAUUUGGGCACCAGCAAACAAAGGACACCAUUCACAAGACGAUGUCGCGACUCUGCAUGCUUCUUUACAACGUUUAAAUGUACUACCCCCACCAACACAUCCACCACCCCCACCACCGAUCGGGCAAGUUAUUAAAGUGGAGACUCGCAGCACAUCUGAGUAUGAGUCGACGUUAUCAUUGCAACAAAAGUUAAAGAAGCGUGCCGAAAGUGAUGCUGUCACUUCUGCAGCAAUUGAUGGUAUUCAAUCAAGUUUCAAUCCUUCAACAAAUGCUAAAAUAUAUGCGUCGCCACAAGAGUUACGAAAUGUAAUGGCAUGGAAGUUACGCCAAUCUCAAGAGAACCGACAAACCCAAAAUGACCAAACGCAGCAGCAACAGCAGCAGUCUCUGUCCUCGAAUACACAGGUAACGGCUUUGCAACAGCCAGAAUCAAAUCCUUCUACACAAACACAACAGUCUAGUAGUCAAUAUGCACAACCAACAACUAGUCAGGUAAUGUUGCAGCAGUCACAACAACUAAAGAAAACGCACUAUGAUGUAGGUCAACAAAAUGGCAACUCUGAAGGCCACACUACAAGUAACAACAGCAACAUUGGAACAGGUCCCGCGCCUCCAAUACCAGAGCCAGAUUAUAGUUUUAGUGAGUCGGAUGAUGAGGAUGAAAAUUCUAUUUUAGUCGCUAGAAAUACUAAAUUAAACGAAAAAAUUACACUUGUAGAGAUUGCGGACACCUGUGGAAACAGUCAAGCAAGCGGAAGUAGCACUGGAUCUACUUCAAUUUCGCACUCGCUAUCCGUUGGUGAGAUUCAACGUGUUCGCAGUAACUUGAAACAAUCAAAAUCAUCACCAAAUGGUUUUCUUAAAAGCGAAAAUCUGCAAAGAUCUGUAGCUGUAACUGAAGCUGGUCCCAUGGGUCAAAACAAAGCUGAUGGAAUACUUGCCGAGGAUCAGAAAAAUAAUAAUAAAAACAACGAUCACCAGAUUAAUGAAGCAAACGGUGAAGAAGGAGAUAAUAGCUCGUCAGGUGUAAGUAGUGACCAAGAAGUCGCUGGCGCAACAAUGAAAGGAAACAUUACCAGAGCUACUGAUACAAUUAAGAAAAAGCCCAAUGUUACGAUUGUUGAAGACACUAAAGCCAAUAAACAUGAAGAAACUUUAGGACUCAAAUUGGGAAAGGUCACAACAAUAAUUUCGAAUCUAAUCGAAGAAGACAUUGUUAUUAACUCACCAUCGAGUAUUAGUACGAUUUGUAAGACAAUGGGCACUUUAACAUUACCGUCAUCCAAUGCUAUCGAAGUGGAAGCAAUAUCAACAUCUGCAACAACAACGUUAAAAGAAAAGAAUGAGGAUGCCCCUACAGCAGAAAUCCCUCCCACGUCGAAAAUUCCAAUAUUCAACGUUGCCAGCUCUGCUGCUGCAUUUGAAGCUAAAGCAACGAGUACUACAGUGACCGUGAGGCAAAUGGUGCAGCAGCAACACGCUCCUGCAAUCCAGCAACAGCAGCAACAUAUAUCGGCAACGAAAAUUAAAUCCUUGACAAUUCAAGGCCAACAAAUGAGUGCGACUAAAAGUCAUCAAAGCGUCAGUGGUCGCUUGGGACAUGUACAACCACAGCUUAAUUCAAACCAACCCUCGCAACAACAGACAACUUCAAUUUUGCCUAUAAAUAUACCGCAGCAACAUUUGCAUCCAAAUCAGAAGCUGGUCGCCACACAGCAGCAUAUAUUUUUGCAACAACAGCAGCAGCAGCAACAUCAGCACCAUCAUCAACAACAAUUGCAUCAACAGCAUUUACAACAAAUACUGAAGGCAAAAACAGCAGCCGCUGGUGUUACAGGUACAAACACGGCCGCCAUUGUUACCAAACAACAACAACAACUACACAAAAAAUCGCAACAUGAAGGAAAAGAUGCAAUAUAUGAAUCGGAACAUGAGCAGCGUUCUGAAGACGAAGGCGAUUUGAGUCCGUCACCACCUGCAAAAGGAUUUCAGCGUCACAAUUCGUUGACCCGAAAACAGGCAGCAGCCAUUGCUAUGCAGCGCGCUAGUCGCAGUGCCGCUGUCUCCUUGAUGCAAUUGCCACCACCAAUUGAAUCAGACGGCGACCACUAUGAAUUGAACUCCGCUGGCGAUAAUAGUAACAUCAACAAUCCGAUUUUAAAUACCACCGUACCAUCUAGUGGUCGAACCAUUGUAUCUGUACCCAUUAGUGCCGAAAAUAUAGUGCUAGCGCCACCCCCACAAUUUUGUGACUGCAACGACAUCAAGCAUUUACCACAACAACAGCUAAAUCACAUUCAAUCAACUCAACAACAACAACAACAAUUGCAUUUCCCACACCAACAAUAUCAACUGCAAAUGCGUACACACAUGCCAGUCCAAGGUGGCGGUAGUGGCACUUGCGAAAGUGGAAACGUCGGUACAAUGGGACGCAUGCGUAACUUGGGUACAACUCCUAAAACACCACACCACCGAUUACAUUGAAUAUUGAUUGAUAAUUGAAUAUAUAUACGUUUACACUUUCAUAUGUUCAUUAUUUGUAUCUGCACAUGUAUGUAUGAGUACUUAGUACGCAGAAUAGAAAAGGAUUAUAUAUACCCUUGCUGAAAUCCAUCGUACAUUCAUUCAUAAAAUUCAUUUUGUAAUAGUUUUGUAAGCAUCUGAGCUAUCUUAUCUAAACUGGUCCUAAACUAAUAGUCCUAAUUUUUAUUAUUUUAAACAAACCAAAUGCAAUUCAAUGAACUGUUUACAUAAAUCGAGUUUUUUAACUUUGUAUUAACUCGGCCAAGUGCGAAAUUAUAUUUUAUUAUAUUUAUUAUAUUUUUUUAUCACUCAGAUAACAAAUGUUGUUGUGAGCUUACUUUCUAGAAUGAAAUAUUGUGCGCGAAUUCAGUAUUUUCCGAUAAAAACUUUGAGUAUUAUUUUAUUAAAUUUGUAAAAAUGUGCUUCAACAAUUUGUUUGAAUUUAGUCAUUAAUAUCAUAUGUACUUGCACAUAUUGAAUUAUACAGUUACAAAGUGCAUAAAUACAAUAGGUAAAAAUCAUCAAUAUAUAAUGAAAUUAAGUUUAUGUUAACAUUUAUAACAAUUAUAAAAUACACGUACAUAUGUUAUGAGAAUUACGUAAGAAAGUGUGAAUAUUUAAAUAUAGUAAAUUGCAAUAACACUAUGAAAUAGAAAAUCAUGCUAAAUCAAUACUACAAAUAAAUUUAUGUUAUACAAUAUUUCAACGCACAAUAACGCCAUGGUCAUAAGAAUCACCAAUUACUAAAAGAGAAUCUGUGAAAAACGAUCACGCAUUUUAAGGCUGACAGUAAAUUUAAACAUUACGUUUCAGUUUAUGAAAACAAAUACGUUUAAUUACAUUUAGUUAAGUGGCUGCUUAUUCACAUAUUUCAUUUGAAAAUAAAAACAUAAUAAAUUAGAAUACCACAACAGACUUCAGUUUAUAAACGAAUGAAUGAUAUUGCCCAAAUGUACUUUGAUAUAGAGGAUGCCAUUAUGCACAAUUUUAAUUCAUACUCUAAUAGUAGUAAUUUCGGCUUACAUGGCUUUGAAAUUCACAUGUCUUUGUAUACUGUAGUUUUGAUUAUAGUGGUGUAUGAAAACGUUAAUUUGAUUUUCAUAAUAAUUGCCAAAGAAACUCAUAUGCCCCUCCAGCACUAAUAAACAGCUUUACAAAUUGAUUGAAUGGCAUAAUUUUGAUAUAUUCUGACAAAACACAAAAUAUAAUUUAGCGGUAGAUUAAUAUUUAUUUAAGUAUAGACAAAUAUUACUGUCAACACAAUCCCAUUUCUCGUUUUUCUUAAGAUGCACGGUAUAUACAUAUGCAGACACACCCGCACGUAAAUAUAUUUAUAUAAUAGAGUAGAAAAAAGUUAAAAGCACAAAUUCGAAGAUAUACAAACGUUAAAAAGAUCCGUCGAAAGCCCUUUCACUAAUUACGAUACACAUCUUAGUAAAAGGUAGUUACAUUGAAUGGUUUCAUUGACCUUAGCAGAAGUAGAACAUCGGGUAUUUUAUGAAAUCCAUGCAAUUGAAUAUUUAACACAACAAUAGAUGUGGCUGAGGCUGUACUCACAUAGCAAAAAUAACAGCUUAACAAUAAAGUGUCGGAUAGAGGAAUCUGUUUAGAGUGACAAGGAACUCAUGUUUGCCUUUAUACCACGCACGGCUAACGUUACUUUAUUUCGUGUUAUGGCUAUUCAAAGAAUUAUAAAAUGAAUAAAAAAAAUAAAUGAAAAAAAUUUAAGUUCAUCAAAUAAUAAAAAUAUAAUAAAUUAUUUAUAUAUUUAAUGUAUAAAUAGUAUUUGCAAUUCUAUAGCAUUAUAUAAUAGCGAAAUAAGAAAAUAUGUAGGUCCUAUUCGGAUGAAGAAAGCAGUGAGUAUUCGCAGUACCUUUAAGGAUUUUGAGGCAUUUAGAUUUCGGUUUUUUUGGUAUCCAUAUUGCUACUUUUAAGCUACUUUGAACAUAUUAUAAAUAUACAGUAGUUUUCCGAAAUAACGGACACAUUAAUUGUCAGGCCUGUUCUUUACAUUUUUCGUAAAUUCAACAUUUUAUAGUAUAGUAUAUGUAUCUUCAAAUUAUGAAAAUAUAUGCAUAUACAUAUUUUCCAGCACAUUGCCAAUUUUUUGUUACCGUUGAUUAUUUUGUUCAUGCAUUACAAAACGUUAAAAUGGUCAGUUAUUAGAGGAUUUGCACUUAAAUUUCCUUCUUUAUGUGUCCCAUUAUAAUAAAUAUCAAUAAUUUCUAACAACACCAGCUUGAAGACAUGAUUGAAUUGCCUGGUGCGAAUUAAAUUUUUAACGUCUCCUACAAUUUUUUCGGAAACCCGACUAAAAACUUUCAAAAACUAUCUAAUUUCAUAUUUUUUUAGGGAAAAGAGCAAACAAGUUAAAUUUAAUGGAUUUCAUUAUCUCUACACAUAAAUGUUAAUAGAAAUACCUUUUCCAUGAUAUAAAACAAGGCGACAAAUUAUGAAACAUCCCUAUCCCAUCGUCUUCUUCGAGAUAAUCUUGUUUGAAAAGCUCUUUUCGAAUACCAAAUCAAUCAUUAUAGAAUUGGGCGAGUUAUAUCUUAAAAAAUUUAAUGAUUUCAAAAGAGUUUUAUAUGGUUCAAGUUUAUCAAAAGACAAAAUUAAGAUGGAAGAAAUGAAACAUUACUGCUGAAAUAAUAAUACUUGCUAAACGCUUCUUCCGUUAGCCGAUUGAAUAUUUUAUUUUAUUUUGACAAAUAUACGAUGGAAUUAUUUGCAUAAACUUUAAUAAAAAAAACAAUGGGCACAUGUGUAUAAAGAGAUUCACUCAUGCAUACAUACUUAGUUUUAUUUGAUACAUCCACACAUGUGCUAACAACUUAACUACAUAAUAUUUCGUAAUAAUAUUUCACCUUAUUUGAUAUAAGUAUAUACAUGCAUCCAUUUGUAAGUAUAAAAAUAUCUAGAUACACAUGUGAAAUCGCUUGUUUACAUACAUAUAGACUUGUAUGCCGAAGAACGUACAACCUGUCUGUAGUAAAUGCAUUAGCAGUAGUAAGUUUAAAUGAAUAAAAGCAGUUUGAAUAAAAAUAAAUACAUAAAAAAGAAUAUAAAAAGACCACUUCUUUUAUAUCACAUACAUACUAAUCCAUAAUUAAAAAAUUGAACAUUAAAUAUGUAACGUUACUAGGAAAAACUAAUCUAAUUAAACAAAAUUUUACAACUAUGUAAUACUCUACGAUUUCGGUGUUGAUAUACAUACACAUACGUAUAUACCCAACUGGGUAUGGAUGAGUAUAGAGUCGUAUUGAAACAAUGAGUUUGUAGGGAAAAUAUCAUAUGACCUUGUAUACAAUACAAAUUAUUAAAAUAAACGAAUUGAAGCAAUUUAUUGAAUUGAGAAGUAUAUAAAUAGAGAUUGCCUUAUUCCUUCAAUGACGGGAACUUAUACAUUCAAAAGGAUUUAUUCAUAAAAUGUGAUUAUGCUUUUGAAUUAAGAUGAAAUAUGAUUUAGUUAUUAAUUGAAAUGAGUUGGAUAAUUGUUGGCAUUUUUAAAUUUUCCGCAAUCUGUAUUAUUUGCUUUUUCUUUAUUAUUUGUAAUUGAAAUGGGUUUCCAAUUAACAAUUGCUUCCAAAUGUAUAGUUGGCUAUGUUUAUGAAUGAUUUGAUGUUUAAUUGAUUUAAUGCUCCUAUUAAAGGUUUCUAAAUAUCUUUAAAAAAAGAUUUUAUCUAUCAUAAAUACAUACAUAUUUGUAUGUAACACAAGUAAAUUAUAAUUUAAGAAACCAAAACUGGUUUACUAUGAUUUAACAAAGAUAGACACAUUAUCCUUUUCGACAUGAGUAUAAUUGCUGUGCCAAAAUUUGACAGGGGUGAUCUGAUUAAAUGUAUACAUUGAAUUUAUUGAAUACCGCAAUUACCUAAAAGUAAGAACUAUUUAGCAGUUUUCAAUGUCACUUUCAUGAGUGGUUAGACAGCAAUAUUGACUAAAAACUAAACAACCGACUCGAAAUUACAUUUUAAUUUACAAAUUAAUUACAAAUAUUAAGUAAAAACAUAUAUAAACUUAACUUAAACUAAUAUAAUUAAGAAAUGAAUAUUUCAAUUACUGAAUUGUCUACUCUCAAAAGUGUCAAUCUUCUUUCAAAAAUCAUUGCUAAUAUUGAUUCGAAUGAUUUUCUACCUCUUUUUGGUUGUUUUUCUUUUUUUAAGCAUGGUGAAUUUUUUAACAAAACUAACUAUUAUAUAAAUGUAGAGGGUAAGUAUCUAGCUAGUUUUAACUGGAUAAAUAUUUAUAUAUAUAUACACAGUAGUUUUCCGAAAUAACGAAUAUUCGUUUUAAAGAAAACCACUUAUAACGAACAAGCAAAUUUUUCACAUUGAGUUCCUUAAAUAAAGAACAUCGGUGAUUUUUAAGUACUCGGCUUAACGAACAACAUGAAGAAGACAUAUGAAGAAAGAGAAAAAAUCAAAUAACAUCGAACCAGAAUUAAAAAUAAAACUUGAAAAAGUUCCAAAGAAAUGUGCAAAUUGAAAAAAUGUUGAAUUUUAUAAAAAAGCUUAAAAUUAUUGAUCAGCACCAAAUAGAAGUGUCAGAAUUGGUCUACUUUGGAAGAAUUUAUUAUUUCAAUUGUUUUGUUAUGGUUUUUUCAUUUUUUU